GCGCCAGAAGCGAACGGCGUCUCACUGUCUCGUGGGUCUGGAGGAGCUGAAGGCUCGUGGUCGUCUCUGCCGCCCUGUCCUCUGCAGCCUCCACGCGGGACAGGAACUCGGGCUCUUCUGUCAGCCCUGCGACCUGCCCGUCUGCGUGGAGUGUGCUGCCACGCUCCACCGUGACCACCGCUGUUGCCCCACGCGCGACGUCAUCGAUCGUCACGGCGACCGCAUCCGAGAGCUGGUCAGCAGAGACCUGAGGCCUCGCCUGGAGAGCCUGGAGGAGUCGCUACAGAUGGUGGAAAACUGUCAGGAAACCGUGCAGGCCCGUGUGGAGGCAACAGCCAAUGAGAUUCGAGCAUUUGCGUGUGGCUACGCUAGUGCCGUGGAAGCCCACUGCGUGUCCCUGCUGCGCCACCUGGAGGAGCUCCGCAUCCAGCGCAGGAACCACCUCCACCUGCAGAGGGCGCAGCUGCAGCAGGCGCUGCUGGACGUCCGGAGCGCCGUGGAGUUCUCGGAGCGCCUUCUGGGAUGCGGCUCCGACGCCGAGAUCCUCAGCGCCAAAGGAGUCACGCUCAGAAGACUCAGCAGUCUGGCAGACAGGAGCUACAACGGCCUGCCAGCAGCCGUCGCCCCCGACGACGGCAGCAGCAUCUGCUUUAUGCCCCGGGAACCGGCCGGGGAGGUGGAGGGCUUCCCGGUGGUGGGUGUGAUCAACACCAAGACGGUGGAUGUCAGCAGCUGCACGGUGGAAGGAACAGGUCUGUGGCAGGGCCGGGAGGGCGAGCAGGGCGGCUUCACCCUGGUGUGCAGAGACUCAGCCGGAGAGCAGAUGGCUCGAGGUGGAGAGCACGUGGUCGUCAGCAUCGUCCACAAGGAGAGAAAAGGCUGCUCUGUGGAAGCCUCGGUGACGGACCACAAAGAUGGAACAUACAGAGUUUUGUUCACCCCUGAGCAGGCGGGAGCGUACUCUGUGUGGGUUUGUGUCAAAGCCCAGCAUGUCAAGGGUUCUCCGUUCCUUCUGAACGUGAAGAGGAGGUUCCGGCAGCACAGCGGGACCUUUCACUGCUGCUCCUUCUGCUCCAGCGGGGGCGCCAAAGAGGCUCGCUGCGGAUGUCCAGGGUCCAUGCCAGGCGGGUUUAAAGGCUGCGGUCACGGCCAUAAAGGACACCCGGGGAAGCCUCACUGGUCCUGCUGUGGCAGCACCGUGGAGAAGUCCGAGUGUUUGCCUCAGUGCGUGCUGGACGCGGUUUCUCCCGGUGGUCACCUGCAAACCGUGGAGCUGUGAGGAGACGGCAGCUCGUGAAAGGUCGUCUUUCUGCACUUCUCUGCCUGUAGGGAAAGACGAGACGCUAAUCCAAGAGAAAAACAGCAGCUUUUUACACCGACGUCUGGGAGCCUGACUGAUCCUUAUUCUUAAGGUCUCCGCUUCCAGUCUGAUAGGAACUUCCUGUUUGAAUGACCUCUGUUGCAUGAUGGGAAAAGGGUUUUAGGAUGCUGAUGGUGGAUGAACUCGGGGUGCUGUGCCACAAGCAGAAACAGGCAGGAAGUAUGCAGCAGAUGAUAGAAGUGAGAUGGUCAAAAUGAGCUGGGAUUUGAUUCCUCACUGCUGUGGCCCAGCGGGAUGAUGUUAGCAGAUUCUCUGAAACGUUAUUCACCUUUAAGUGUGAAGGUGUGACCUCUCAGGCUAUGUCCAAACUCCCUCCAUAUUCCCUAAAUACUUAAAAAAAAAAAGAUAUGGUGUGAGACUACCCAGUCCCAACCCAACCACCCAAUGAACAUUCUGUUUUUAGUGAUUUAACAUGUUCCUGUAGCAUCUUCUCAUGAUGAAGGACAGAGAAGAGAGGUGAAUAACAUUUCUGUGUUUUCUUUAUUCAAAUUGUGGUGAAUCAGGAGCAUAAAAACACCCUUUAUUUUUACAAAAAAGUAACAAUUUUUACAACACAUCCUGUUUCCUCUAUACUUCAGCAAUGACAGGAAUGUGUAUGAUAUUCUAAACUAAGAAUUAUUCAAAUUUGAUUACAUUUGAAUGCUUUUUGUUAACAGAAAUGUUCUAGUUCUUUGAGAAUUGGUGCAUCUCAGUUAUGUUGUUUUCUCUGUUGAUGAAUUUUUGUAAUUCUGUCUUUUUAAAUAUUAAAGAACUUAUUUUAAAAUAAA